CUCGCCGUCUGAGUGUUCCGUUUCCUGAAUCGCGUCCUUUUCCACAUUUUCUGCACUUCUGCAGUGAUCAUGGAUUUUUCUUUAUCAGAGAAAUCGGGUGUGAAACAUUUAGAACGAGUGCGUGGUUGCGAAGUAGAGUCAAUCUUAUAUCCAUUCACAAUCUGUAAAAUCCAAGCGUCUUUUGUGACUACUCUCCAAUUCUCGAUGAAAUAUUUCAGCCGCCCCCCGGUUUGUUAGGGGUGCUUGUACUUCGAGAGUAUGACGUAAUUGUUGAGCUCUUUUCUUGCUGUGACAAGUUUUUGUAAGAAAUGAUGUCCAAACAAAUGUUUGCUAAAAGAACAACAAGUUCAGUGGUUGAGAAAAUUAUUUUGAAAAGAGGAAAGAGCUACUUCUCUAAACCUACUCUGCAUUGUCAAACAUUGACGAUUUAAGUAGUGUUUCUUUGGCCUGAGCUUUGUUUCGAAUUAAUUUUGAAAGAAAGAAUGAUCUUCGCUCCUUCAGAAAGUGUGCGUUUGCUUGACCUAACGUAAUAAUUGUCUCUUGAACAUAUUUGCGAAGCUUCUUUGGACGUAGCCGUUUUUCCGAUUUUAACCCUGACUGUACUUUUGCUCACAUCAUCGUCAAUGUAUUCGACGUAUGCUGUUUAAGUGCUUUAGUGUUUUAUCGUUUCUCACCGCGAAUGACGUAAGAAAAAAUUCUAACAUUGAAGCAUUCAAUUCCGGUGCCGAAAUACAUUGAAUUUCCGUUAUUUUCAUUUUAUCUAAUGUUUUAGAUUUUAAAACACCACAUUUGUAAAUCAUCCUAAAAUGUUUGCUGAUGAAAUUUUACAUUUCUGUUAGUAAUGCACGGUUAUGUUUCUUUGACGUUGGGUCGAAGAAUUUUCUGUCACUAUCAUUUGAGUUAGAUGAGGCUGUCGAUUCAGGAGAAGGAGCCGAAAAACUUGAUGAUGAGGACGAACCAGAAGCAGAUGAUUGUGACGAUUAUUGA